CCCACUCAGGAGGCCAGGGCGAGAGGGACUGCCCGCUCCACCAAUGGGGAGGAAGGACGCAUCGGGUGGCGCCAGGGAUUGGCAAAUAGGCGAUGGGGGGCGGUGUCUAAAAAAAAGUACCUCCCCCCCUCCAUCAAAGCCUAGACCGGAAAUAUGGGGAGAGGGGGAGGAGGAGAGGGAGGAGCCCGCCGAGGAGGGCGUGGCUCGGGAAUGUUGGCAGGAGAAAGAGGGUGGUCUGGGGGGAAGGGAAGAAGACAGAGAUAGGAGAAUGCAUCCUCAGUUAACACACCUCGUUGGUGUCAACCCCAUCCACAGCCUUUUUCCUCGGCGUGAAGGCGGAGAAGCCUCUAGACCAGAAUCUCACCAUGUCUAUUGUCAAGAUCCAUGCCAGGGAGAUCUUCGACUCUCGUGGAAACCCCACUGUUGAGGUUGAUCUCCACACUCAUAAAGGUGCAUGCCCCCUUUGCCUUCCUGAUCCCCAGGCCCUCUUCCAGGUCUCUUCCGAGCUGCUGUGCCCAGUGGUGCUUCUACUGGUGUCUAUGAAGCCUUAGAACUCCGAGACAAUGAUAGCAGCUACUUCCUGGGGAAAGGUGUCUCAAAGGCUGUUGAGCAUAUCAACAAUAUUAUUGGCCCAGCCCUGAUUGACAAGAAAGUUAAUGUCAUGGAUCAGGAGAAAAUCGACCAACUGAUGAUGGAAAUGGAUGGCACUAUGAAUAAAAGUAAUUUUGGUGCAAAUGCCAUCCUGGGAAUAUCUCUGGCUAUUUGUAAGGCUGGAGCUGCAGAGAGAGGCGUGCCCUUGUACCGCCACAUUGCUGACCUUGCUUGUAAAGAAGAGAUCAUUCUUCCUGUGCCAGCCUUCAAUGUGAUCAAUGGGGGCUCCCAUGCUGGUAACAAGCUGGCCAUGCAGGAGUUCAUGAUCCUCCCGAUAGGAGCCGAGAACUUCAAGGAGGCCAUGCGCAUUGGGUCUGAGGUCUACCACAACCUGAAGAGCGUGAUUAAGGAGACAUACGGUCAGGACGCCAUCAACGUGGGGGAUGAAGGUGGCUUUGCUCCUGACUUCCUGGAUAGUAAAGAAGCUCUUGAUCUGCUGAAGCACGCAAUUGCUAAGGCCGGCUACACGAACGAAGUCGUCAUCGGCAUAGACGUCGCUGCCUCAGAGUUUUACAAGGAUGGGAAGUAUGACCUGGACUUCAAGUCUCCUGAUGACCCCAGCAGAUACAUCACUGCCGAGGAGCUAGGGGACCUGUACAAGUCUUUUAUCAAGGAUUACCCAGUGGUGUCUAUUGAAGAUCCUUUUGACCAAGACGAUUGGGAAUCAUGGAAGAAUUUCACUUCUUCAGUAGACGUCCAGGUGGUAGGGGACGAUCUCACGGUGACCAACCCUAUGCGCAUCAAGAGGGGGAUCAGAGAGAAAGCCUGCAACUGCCUCCUACUCAAAGUGAACCAGAUCGGCACCAUCACAGAAUCUAUUCAGGCGUGCAGGAUGGCCCAGAACAGUGGCUGGGGUGUGAUGGUUUCCCAUCGUUCUGGAGAGACUGAAGAUACCUUCAUUGCAGACCUGGUGGUGGGUCUCUGCGCUGGGCAGAUCAAGUCUGGUGCCCCUUGCCGAUCUGAGCGUCUGGCCAAGUAUAACCAGCUUCUCAGAAUUGAAGAACAGCUGGGCAGUCGGGCUAGAUUUGCCGGUAGGAACUUCAGAAAACCUGGUAUAAUUUGCCAGACGGAUAGAUCUCCCGCAGUCACCACCCUGGCAGUUUUUAUGUGCCAUGUCAGAAGCAAUCGGUAACCCACAGGAAAGGCAUGGCUGUAUCUCUGGAGGGACAGGGUCCUACUGGCCUAAUAAAGCAUC